CUUGAAGCAGAACAAAAAGACGAAGACCGCAUCCUAUGGUUGUUCGGAGAUUCUUCGAAUUCACGAUCUUAAAGUCAUAUGACUCACAGCAAAUAUAGCAACAAGUAUCUCAAUUGGUAUUUUCCAAAGCCACGAAACGUGCAUUGAGUUUGGAGCGAUAUCUGAAGUGAAGAUUGAAGACGUGAUAGAAGAUGGACGACUACUGCUAUGCUAAGAUGGCGACGUCCGCUAAAAGAGAACAUGAAAGAGAAUCAGCGCCACCAACUUCCAGCAAAUCACCAACGGAGAUAAAGACGAAAGAUGAAGACGUCCAGCAGCUGAUCGGGAAUCCAGAAGAAGUUUCCCCUCAGUUAGGGGGGAGCUCCACUUUGAAGCAGGAGACUCCACAACCACCCUGCAUUAAAAAGGAAGAGGAGGAACUCUGCAUCACUCAGGAGGGAGAGUGUCUUCUAGGACGAGAGGAAGCUGAUUACACCAAGUUUCCACUGAGUAUUCUCUCUGUGAAGACUGAAGAUGAUGAAGAGAAACCACAAAUAGACAACCUCUUAGCUCCACUAUCAGAUAGUGAGGCGAAAGACGAGGUUGAAGAACCUAUGAGUAGGAAAACUGACUGUAAAGAACUUCCCCUUCAGCCUAAGGAGGGCAGCUCCCCUUUGAAGCAGGAGGCUUCACAGCCCCCUCACAUUAAAAAGGAAGAGGAGGAACUCUGCAUCACUCAGGAGGGAGAGUGUCUUCUAGGACGAGAGGAAGCUGAUUACACCAAGUUUCCACUGAGUAUUCUCUCUGUGAAGACUGAAGAUGAUGAAGAGAAACCACAAGUAGACAACCUCUUAGCUCCACUAUCAGAUAGUGAGGCUGAAGACGAGGUUGAAGAACCUUUGAGCAGUGAUAAAGACUGUGAAGACGUCCAGCAGCUGAUCUGUAAUCCAGAAGAAGUUUCCCCUCAGUUAGGGGGGAGCUCCACUUUGAAGCAGGAGACUCCACAACCACCCUGCAUUAAAAAGGAAGAGGAGGAACUCUGCAUCACUCAGGAGGGAGAGUGUCUUCUAGGACGAGAGGAAGCUGAUUACACCAAGUUUCCACUGAAUAUUCUCUCUGUGAAGACUGAAGAUGAUGAAGAGAAACCACAAGUAGACAACCUCUUAGCUCCACUAUCAGAUAGUGAGGCUAAAGACGAGGUUGAAGAACCUUUGAGCAGCGAUACAGACUGUGAAGGUGAUAUGAGGACUCACAUUGACAACAAACACUCUGAAUGCUCUACAAAGAAGAGAGGUAAAACAUGUUUGAGCUGCUCAGUUUGUGCUAAAAGCUUUUCUGUUAAGAGGUAUUUGACUCAACACAUGAGAACACACACAGGUGCAAAACCAUUUAAUUGUUCAGUUUGUGGCAACAGCUUUUCUCAAAAUUGCCGUUUGACUCAACACAUGAGAACACACACCGGUGAAAAACCAUUUAACUGUUCAAUUUGUGGUGAAAAUUAUUCUAUAAAGAGCCGUUUGACUCGACACAUGAGAACACACACAGGUGAACAAACUUGUAAUUGUUCAGUUUGUGGCAAAAUCUUUUAUCGAAAUACCUCUUUGACUGAACACAUGAGAACACACACAGGUGAAAAACCAUAUAAGUGUUCAGUUUGUAGCAAAAGCUUUUCUGUUAAGAGCCAUUUGACUCGACACAUGAGAACACACACUGCAGAAAAACCAUUUAGUUGUUCAGUGUGCUGUAAAAGGUUCGCACAUAAUGCAGCCGCAGUAAAACACAUAAGAACACACAAGGGUGAAUAAUUAAUUAGCUGUUUAUAUUGUGGUAUGUUGCUCAUAUGUGGUGACAUCCACCCUACCCAGGACCUCCUCACUGCUUCUUUCACAAAUAUCUGAGGUAUUCAUUCAAACUUGCAUUGUUUGAAGCAUAAUCUUAUCUACUCAUGACCCCAUGUCUUCUCUGUAUCUGAAACCUUCCUGAACAGUAAGAAAGAUGAUGCUUCAAGUGCUUGGUUACUCCUUCUUCAGUCCAGGGACCUGGGGCCUCAUGUGUCAAGUUUGUGUACGCUUAAAAACCUGCACUACGCCCUUUUUCACUGCAAAGUUGAGAUGUAUCAAAACUGAUGUUGAUGCAUAAGUGAUGCUGGGUGACUGUUUGCAUAAAAAAGUGCCAACUCUCCUCAGACUGAUUGAUGUGCAAAUCAGAGACAUAUGAACAAUUAACCCCCAACACCCACAACCCAACCCCCACUUCCCUCGACAUUCGGGCAUAACAGGUUCAAUCCCUUCAGCGAGAUGAGUUUGUGAAUUGUAAAAUUCAGCUGCAUUUUUAAAUUAAAGAAACUGCUGUUCUGAAUGUGUCCACUGGAUGUCGCAAUAAAAAUUCUGUUAGGCAAGCAAAUAGUUUAUACCGGGGCGAGCAAGUAUACCAAGCAAGAGGUUCACUGUAAAGCGGGGCUGUGACUCCUCCCCCUCCACCCAACAUAAAAAAGGAGUAAAAUAGGCAAUCCGUAACCCCACUUAAAAUGCAGCAUGAGACACUGCACACUGAUAUAGUUCUGUGAAAAUGAUUGUCUUCUGUGCAAAUGUAAAGAAAGUGAACAGUGUGUGAUUUACUGCAAUACUGUCAGUCUUUUAACUUUUUAUUUGUGCUUUGUUGAAAUUGUUCACACAUUGCACAGCUUUUAUUUUUCUAUCAAUACACAUUAUGUCUACAAGAGAAGAAGUAUUUCAGCACUUUUUAAUAAUUUCUACCUCAGUUUGUAUGGUUUGUUGAGUUAGCACAGGAUUAAUAUGUGGCAAAGACAAAUGAGGUAGUUGAUACAUAGAAUAGUUUUUAUUCAUGCUUUAUUUUGUUUUUUGUUCAAUCCUAGAUGGGCUGUGACUUAUUUUUAAUUGCUUUGUAGAAACACUGAGAUUAAGCCUAAAUUAAUUGUGUUCUUCAAGGUGUUUUUGAAGCCUCACCAUUUUUUUCCUUUAAAUGUUCAACUAAAUUGAAGUGUUUUGUCAAGAGGAUUAUUUGUGAUAUGUAUAUUUUCAGAAUGUGCUUGUUCUAUUUUGGGCCAAAGUAAAAUAAAGAAAACAAUCUGAAGUUGUCAUAGUUGUAUUUUUAAGUUAUCAUGCCAUGAUUUUACCCGUCCCGCCCACGUGGGAAUAGAUUUUCCUCCAUGUGGCCCCUGAGCUAAAAUGAGUUUGACACC